GUUGCCCUUUUCCCUUUUCCUCCCAGUUCCGGUAAAAAUCUGCGAUUAGAAAACUAAAAGAAGAAAGUCCCAAAUCCAUGGUGGUUUGCUAUUCCCGUUUCCUCUCUAAGAAGCCUUGUUGAUCCCUAGAAUUCACCCUCUACACAUCGAGCCCGCCAAAUUUAGCCAUUCCUUCCUCUCCAGUCCAUUUCAGCUGGCUUGCUGCGUGACGGCUCUCCAUUGGAGCUUCGGCGCUUGCCCUCUUUUGCUACCGGCCGUUUGCGUGUUCGUGAAAACUGACUCCGGCGGAGGUACAUCAGCUAAGGCGUAAUUGAAUCUAGGGUUGAUUCCUCAACUUGCGAAGCUACUAAUUCGGUUGGAAGAAUCGCUUCCUUGCUAGGUUUUCUGAUUGCGAAUUCAUUCAGAUUAUGUAGCGGAAGCAGGAUUAGUGGUGAAUCUUCGCGUAUUUAUGAAUGCCACGCAGUUUUGAAUAAAUUAUUCUUUCUGCGUGGAAAAAUUCGCUGGCUUUUUUAGUUUGUGUCCGCGUCCCCUCAGCUGGACUGUGUUGGGAAGAGCAGCAGGAUUAGCGAAGCGUCCGGGAAUUUCAGAAUUAGGGUGAAGUAGAGGAUUGGGAGUCGAGAAAGUGAAGUUGAAUAAGUUUUUUUUCCCCAUUGGGGUUUCUCUGAAGGAAGCAAGACGUAGAAGAAAGAAGAAAAGGUUGAAACUUUGUAGUGUAGGGUUGUUGUUUUGACUGUUAGCAAUGGCCUCUUACAGGCCAUUCCCUCCACAGUCGGCUUUUCCUCAACCUCCACCUCCACCACCGAAUCAAGCGCCACCACCUCAGCCACCUCCACCACCGCAGCAACCACCACACAGGCCAAACCAGUACAGUCAAAACUAUGCACCUCAUAUGCCUCCUCCUCCUCCUCCUACAUCAUUCCCACAGAACUAUUCACAACAGCAGAAUUUUCCAUAUCCUCAUCCAAGAGCUCAGCCGCCACCUUCUCACCAGCAAUACCCUUAUCAGCCUCCUCCUCCAAUGCCAGCAGCACCGCCACCUCCACUUCCUGACUCUUCAUAUCCUCCUCCACCUCCACCGCCAGGGCCAAGUCAACCACAACAGCAACAGUCAUCAUCUAUGUAUUACCGACCUUCUCAAUUUUCACAGUAUAAUCAACCGCCAAUGCAGCCCAUCCCUCCUCCUCCCCCUUCUUCUUCUCCGAGUUCCUCAAUGCCGCCACCACCACCACCACCACCCAGCUCGCCGCCUCCUCCGCCACCUCCAAAAGAAAGUGGGGUGGAAAGAGAGAGAGGGGGUUCGAGGGACAAGAGAGAGCACAGGAACUUGGAGCAUGGGAAAUCAAAUCAGCAGAAACUUCCAAUUCCUCCACCCUCCAAGAAGGCCAACGGGGCAGUAGGAAGGGUAGAGACAGAGGAAGAGAGAAGAUUGAGGAAGAAGAGGGAAUUCGAGAAGCAAAGACACGAGGAUAAACAUAGGCAGCAGAUGAAAGAGUCACAGAACUCGAAUCUGCACAAGAGUCAGAUUGCAUCUUCUCAUAAGGGACAUGGUUCUAUUAUUGGGCAACGGGUUGGGGAUAGGAGGGCCACACCGUUAUUGACUGCAGAAAGGAAUGAGAACAGGUUGAAAAAGCCAACAACAUUCUUGUGCAAGCUGAAAUUCCGUAAUGAACUUCCAGAUCCAAGUGGACAGCCAAAAUUUAUGAGAAUGAAGAAAGAUGACGACCGGUUUACUAAGUACAUGAUCACUUCUUUGGAGAAGAUGUAUAAGCCAAAGCUAUAUGUCGAGCCAGAUCUUGGGAUUCCUCUUGACCUCCUUGAUCUCAGUGUUUAUAAUCCCCCAAGUGUGAGACCACCUCUGGACUUGGAGGAUGAGGAAUUGUUGCAGGAUGAUGAGGCACAUACCCCCGUGAAAAAAGAUGGGAUAAAAAGAAAAGAAAGGCCAACUGAUAAAGGCGUGUCAUGGCUAGUCAAAACACAGUAUAUAUCUGGUUAUAGCAUGGACUUGAACAAGCAGUCUAAUACUGACAAGCAAGCAAAGGACCGAGAAAAGAAAGGAGCCCACCUCUUGGACAACCUUAAUGAUAGGGAGAGACAGAUCAAAGACAUCGAGGCAUCAUUUGAGGCAUGCAAGUUACCACCUGUCCACGCAACCAAUAAAAACUUGCAUCCUGUGGAGGUUUUGCCACUGUUACCUGAUUUUGAUCGGUAUGAAGGUAAAUUCACCAUGGUGACAUUUGACGGUGCUCCUACAGCUGACUCUGAACAAUAUGGCAAGUUGGAUCAGUCUGUUCGAGAUGACUGUGAAUCACGGGCUGUUAUGAAGGCCUGUGUGAUCUCAGGCCCUGAUCCGGCAAAUCCAGAGAAGUUCUUGGGCUAUAUGGUUCCUAAUCCUAAUGAGCUGUCAAAGGAUAUGUUUGAUGAAGACGAGGAUAUCUCAUAUUCCUGGAUUCGAGAAUACAAUUGGGAUGUACGUGGUGACGAUGGUGAACCAACAACGUUCGUUGUUUCGUUUGAUGAGUCUGAAGCUCGAUAUCUGCCACUUCCGUCGAAGAUUACAUUGAAAAGGAAAAGAGCCAUAGAGGGAAGAUCCAAUGACGAGGUUGAACAUUUCCCUGCACCCGGAAGAGUGACUGCCAGGUGGCGCCGUGAAGCAGCUUCAAUCGAGCUUAGGGAACCAGGGGUUAGUAGCAUAAAAUCAAGAGGUAACAACUCAAAGUCGAGGAUGACGGCACGGUCUGAAGAUGAAGAAGAAGACGAAUACGAUGAUGAUGACCUCGAAGAGAGACAGCAUAAGAUGUCCCGGAACCAAGAUAUCAACCAAUAUAGUGCUGGCGAAGAUGAAUUUUCUGACGAAUAAACAAGUUUUAUGGUGGUGGAUACAAUUUUUUCGAUACCAGAAAAGAGGGUGUUGGGUAGAGAAGAAGGAUUGUCAGGGGUUGUAAAAUAGAAAGUUGCCAGAGGAAGUUGGCUUCUUUUCUGGGUUUCUACUCUCUGCUCUUUUUGCUGAGAAAUGAACGCUUCUCUCACAGCGCUUCUCAUUGAUAUAAAUUUUGCACGUUUAUAUGUAAG